AUGUCUGCCUCACAAGUGUUGGAGUCUCGCAAUGCGGUGACCACAAAACUCUACGCAGAUCCGCACAAUCCACACAUCCACCUCGAACGAGGCCUCAUCUAUGAAAAGUUAGGCUUCCCCGACCUGGCAGCCGCAGAUGCCUACCGGGCAUUAUCACUAUUAGAAUCAGUGAUUGACCCAGAUGGAUUCGAAUUUCACGCAAAGAAGAAAGUCGAUCCUUCAGCACCAGCCGCAGAAAAGGCGGAUGAAUCUGAUGACGAAGAGGAUGAAGACACCAUUCCAGUCACUGAAGAGGAGUACGAUGCCCUGAUUGAUCAGGUCUAUGUACUCCUAGUGCGAAGUCUCAUUCGAUGCGGUUGUUACCGUGAUUCAUUUGAAUUUGGCAUGCGUGGACUGAGCCUGCUACGAGAGAAGGAGUUUGCUGCGGCGUCGGUUAAUACUCUAACCGAGCAGAUGGAUCGCAUCAAGCAGAUCUAUCAAUCUCGCACUGGAUCUGAGACUGACCUGGAAUCGAUUGAUCCCAGUGUCCUUCCCGCGCAAGGCUUCGCUCAUCGUGUUCUCUACCCUUGGAAUGAGCAUGAGCCUGAUCGCAAGGCACCAGAGACGCUCAACUUGCUCAAUGAUAGACUAGCUGUGAUUGCGCCCAAGUGUGAGGUUCGCGCUGUGGCUUUGCCUGUUCUGCAUGAUACGAAGGAUGAUUCUAGCAUGGAAGUUUCCGUGCAGCUUGGUCUGUUCGCCAAAGAAGAUAUCGCUCCUGAUGAGAUCAUCCUUCGUGAAUCUUCCCUUCUCACUGCUACCAAUCGCCUCCACGAUGACCUGUGCGAUGCUUGCAAUGCACCACUCCCUGAACUAUCGGCUGCGGAACCACCCGUUGCCUGUGAAGGCGGAUGCGCAGACACAAUCUUCUGUAGCCAAGCCUGCCAUGACACAGCACAGAGCGUCUACCACGGCGCAAUCUGCGGUUUGGAAGACGGUCUCGAAUCUAUCGGCAAGGAUAUCCCCGAUCCAAAAGAUAAGGCGGAUUACUUGUACCUCCUGCUCCUUGGUCGUGCUCUCGCCAUGUCUGCCACACAAGACAAGCAUGCCCUCGAAAUGCCCGAAGUGAAAUACAUCUGGGGUGAUUUCCACGACUUCGAUAUCAACACCAUUGCAACUGAAAAAGAAUUAAUACCUCAAUCCGAUGACACCGCCACCCUCCCCUUCUCCUUCCAACUCAAUAUUUUGCAGCCAACUCGCUUCCUGGAGGAAAUGGAAAUCGACCCCUAUGCCAACCUCCCCCGUUAUGAUACCUGGAUUCUAAAUACAUUGUAUGCCAAGUUCCGUGGCACCGCAUCUGGUCGGUUAUCUACUUGGGAUGGUGGCCCGGAGCUUUGUGCUGUGCACCCAUUGUGGUGUCUUGCCAAUCAUUCUUGUGAUCCUAAUGUGUGCUGGGAAUGGGGUGGUGAAAUUACUUUCCGUGCGCGACGGGAUGAUGAGACUGCUGUUUGGUCUCGUGGAAGUGAAGUGAAGGAGCUUAAGCCUGGUGGUAUUGCUAAGGAUAGUGAGAUUUGGAAUCACUAUUGUGAUAUCGGAUUGCCGGUGCAGAAGAGGCGGGAAUGGGCUUCUGGUGCUUUGGGUGGCACUUGUCUUUGUGAUAGGUGUGUUUGGGAGGCGAGAGAGGUAUAG